GAGUUUGGUAGAGAUGGUAGAACCUAGUAAAUCCUUUUUAUACUAGGUUUCUGUUGUAGAUUGGAGGGUUCUAUAAUUUUAUGGAGUGUUCGUUUGCUGAUUUUGUGACAAUUACACGGAAUAAUAUAUUUUAAAAUAAAAUGAAACCUUUGAUGUUACACGGGCACGAACGUGCUAUAACAAAGAUCAAAUACAACAGGGAGGGAGAUUUGUUAUUUUCCUCCAGUAAAGAUAAAAAGCCAAAUGUUUGGUAUUCUUUAAAUGGAGAACGUCUUGGAUCUUUCAAUGGACACAAUGGUUCUGUAUGGUGUAUAGAUGUCAACUGGGAUACAACAAGAUUUUUAUCUGGAAGUGGUGACAAUUCAUUGAGAGUUUGGGAUUGCGAAACUGGAAAGGAAAUAGGUUUACUUCACACAAACAGUUCAGUAAGAACGUGUAGUUUCAGUUACUCUGCAAACCUUGCUGUUUAUUCUACUGAUAAAGCUUUAGGACACCAAUGUGAAAUGUUCAUCAUUGAUAUAAAAAAUGUUGAUGCAGAAUUAUCACAAGAAGAUGCAAUUUCUAGAAUUGCUGUUAGUGGUCCCAGAAUCUCAGCUAUUUUAUGGGGUGCAUUAGAUGAAACAAUUAUUACUGGUCAUGAAGAUGGUGAAAUUACUCUUUGGGACGUAAGAACAAGAAAAAAACUAUCAAGUGUUAAAGGACAUAAGUCACAAAUAAAUGAUAUGCAAUUCAAUAAAGAUGGUACAAUGUUUGUAACUGCAUCUAAAGAUAACACUGCCAAAUUAUUUGACAGUGAUUCAUUGAUGUUACUAAAAACAUAUAAAACUGAAAGACCUGUAAACUCAGCCACAAUUUCUCCUAUCUUUGACCAUGUGGUUCUUGGAGGAGGUCAAGAUGCUAUGGAUGUCACAACAACAUCUACCCGUCAGGGAAAAUUUGAUUCUCGAUUUUUCCAUUUAGUAUUUGAAGAAGAAUUUGCGCGAUUAAAGGGACAUUUCGGUCCAAUUAAUUCUCUCGCGUUUCAUCCGAAUGGUCGUAGCUUUUCAACGGGUGGAGAAGAUGGUUAUGUUCGUAUUAAUACGUUCGAUCAGUCAUAUUUCGACUUCCAUUUUGAAUACUAAUUUUGUGAGGUAAAAGAAAUAAACAUGUAUAAAUCAAAACCAA